AUGGCUAUUCCUUGGGACUUGGCAGUGGCCAGUCGGACCGGUGUGGCUGUGCAGCAGGGUAGUUCAGUUCUUAUUACGCAGAGCAACUUGUCGGUGGAGGUUAAUGGUGAAUGCCCUGAGGUGGACACCCAUUAUGUUAUCACUUAUCCACCUCGCUUUGGCCAAAUUCAGCAACAAGGGCCAGGUGGCGAGUGGAAACAAAUCAGUACCGUUUCUCAGCGUUCUGUUGAUCAGAGUCAGAUUCGGUACUGUACUACAUUCAAAGAUUUGCAACUAGAAAAUGUUACGGAUCACUUUAAAUUUAAAGUUGACAUAGAAGGAAAAAGCAGCGAAGAGCUGGUGUUUCCUAUUACGAUACAGUAG